AUGGUAAGGGCCUACCUAGUAGGUGAACAAGAAGAUUGGGACCUUCAUCUGGGGUGUCUAGCGGGAGCAUAUAGGUCAUCUCUAAAUGAAUCGACAGGCCUCACUCCUAACUUACUGUGCAUGGGCCGCGAAAUCAGAAUGCCAGCUGACCUGGUGUUUGGACAUUAUGACGCGACUAGUUCAACUGCACCCAAGUAUGGUGAUUAUGUUCAAGGUCUGCGUGACAAAAUGCUACUAGCUCACGAAGUUGCACGAAAAAAUCUGUCAGUACAUGCGAAACGCAGCAAGGACAUUUACGACUCGAAACUUAGCUUUCAUACAUAUCAAGUUGGCGAUUUAGUAUGGUGUCUUCAUGGAACAAAGAAAGUUGGAGUAAUGCCGAUAUUACAGAAAGCUUUUGAUGGUCCUUUUGUUGUAAAGGAAAAGAGAUCUGAACUUAACUAUGUCCUGCAGUUAAAUAAAGAAGGCAAGGAAAGAGUGGUACAUCACAACAAGCUAAAGAAAAACGAGGGAACCAGCCCUCCUAAAUGGGCGACCAGCGCCACGAAAGAACUGAAAGAAAGCCCGCUUUCUGUGUAA